UUGAAGUCAUGGCUGGAAAACCCAAACUUUACUACUUUAAUGGGAGAGGCAAAACGGAAUCGAUUCGCUGGUUGUUAGCAGCUGCUGGGGUUGAGUUUGAAGAAGAAUUUUUGGAAACAAGGGAACAAUAUGAGAAGCUCUUACAAGAUGGAUAUCUGCUCUUUCAACAAGUGCCCUUGGUGGAAAUUGACAGGAUGAAGAUGGUGCAGACCAGAGCAAUUCUCAGCUACAUAGCAGCAAAAUACAACCUCUAUGGAAAGGACCUGAAGGAGAGAGCAAUGAUUGACAUGUAUGUGGAAGGAACAACUGACCUAAUGGGGUUAAUUAUAGUGUGCCCUUUCUUAUCAGCUGAGAAUAAGGAGAAGCAGCAUGCUGUAAUAAUCCAAAAGGCCACAAACAGAUACUUCCCAGUCUAUGAAAAGGUACUCAGAGACCACGGACAGGAUAUUCUUGUUGGCAAUCAGUUCAGCUGGGCGGAUGUUCAUCUGCUUGAAGCCAUUUUAAUGGUAGAAGAGAAGAAGUCCAGUGUUCUCUCGGAGUUCCCUCUAUUACAGGCUUUUAAAGCAAGAAUAAGCGACAUCCCCACAGUUAAGAAAUUUCUGGAGCCUGGCAGCCAGAAGAAACCUGUCCCUGAUGAUGAAUACACGGAGACUGUGAAGAGAGUUCUCCAAAUGAACUUUUAA